AACGUAGAUCCUAUCUUCAACUAGAUUUUUUCUGUCUCCAACAUUGUCAAGAAAAAAGAAGAAUAGAAGUGAGUCCAGAAAAUGUGGUGCGCAAGUUAUCAUCAGCCAUUACCUGCUGCCGGUUCCAGCGUCUUGAAUCACCACACGAAACAAGCAGAGAGCCUGGGAAGAAAACAAGUGUUCCUUUUCUUAUCUUCUUCUCCUUCAACUUCAAGCCUAAGGGGACAUCAAUGGCAGAACAGUAACUAUCCAAAACUUGGGCUCAGAUUAAAACCAAAAGCAAGUGUGGUGCCUCCGUCUGAAUCUGGUGAUAUCACCACCUUCCUCCUAGUAAGUGUAGCUAUGAUCUCAAUGUAUUUGGUAGCGAACUUUGUGGUUCCGUCUUUGCUUUUCAAGUCGCUCCAAGGUGAAGAAGAGGAAGACUCUGAUUGAACUUGAAGUUUUUGCUUCUUUUUUUUUUUUAAAUUGAAGUUUUUGUUACACAUACCCAAAACUUAUCGUAUUAUUAUUAUUUGAAAACACGCUUAAAUGAAAUCUUUAUAAUUUGAUUAAUUCACUAUUUCAUAUUGUUGAUUAAA